AUGGUAGGUUGUGACAUUCCUUAUCAUAACUCUCAAGAUUUUACGGUUCUUUCUGUAAUCGGUUCUGGAGAUUUAGCUUUGGUUUAUGAUGUAUGUUGUAAGCAUACUCAAACAAAACUUGCAAUUAAAAAAUUUGCCAAAGGUUCUGCGAAAGAAAUGAUUCUAAACGAGUUGCAACACCACAAGGAUGAUGAGACAUUAAACUUUAAAGUGAUUGCAGUACAUUUGCGUCACAAAGAUUUCGACAUACCUUAUCAUAAAUCACAAGAUUUUAAGGUUUUGUCUGAAAUCGGUUCUGGAGUUUCGACUUCAGUCUAUGAGGCAUGUUGGAAGCACACCCAAACAAAACUCGCAAUUAAAAAAUUUGUGGAAGAUGAAAUAAAUUAUGAACUAAUACUUGAAUAUGCGGAUGGUGGAACAUUAAGAAAAUAUUUAAGAGACAACGCCAUGACUUUUAACUGGGAAAGUCAAUUAAAAUUUGCCAAUGAAAUCGCGAGUGCAAUUUUAUGGUUACAUGACAAUGAAAUUAUACAUUGUGAUCUUUAA